AUGCUCGCUUAUGCUUCUUCUUUCACGGAAAUCCUUUGCCGGGUUGAUGAGAGCGCAGCCUUGCUGCAAUUCAAGGAAAGCUUUGUCAUCAUUAAUCAAUCCAAAUCUCACAAUCCUUCUGCUUAUCCAAAGGUCUCCUCUUGGACGCUGGAAGGAGACAAUAGUGAUUGCUGCUUAUGGGAUGGAGUUGAGUGCGAUGAAGACACAGGUCAUGUCAUUGGCCUCGACCUCAGUAGCGGUCUUCUCUAUGGUUCUCUUGCUCCCAACAGCAGCCUUUUCCGCCUUGUUCACCUUCAAAGCCUUAAUCUCGCCUACAAUCACUUUAACUACUCCCAAAUCCCGUCCCAGGUUCUUGAUGUGGCUUACAAUGAAGGUCUCACUGGUUAUUUGUCUGAGUUCACAUGGAGUAGCCCCCUUGAGGUAUUGAACCUCGCAUUCACAAGUUUUUUAGGUGAGAUACCCACUUCAAUAGGGAAUCUGGGCUCCCUGAAUACGUUGGAUUUGCGGAGUUGCAACUUUUCGGGGUCCAUUCCCUCUUCACUGGGUAACCUCACAAGCCUCAUUUAUCUUGAGAUUUCAAAUAAUUCUUUCGUGGGUAAGAUCCCAUCAUCAAUGGGAAAUCUAACACAACUCACUGACCUUUCUCUACGCUAUAACCUACUUGACGGAGAAAUUCCUUUCCCUCUAAUGAAUCUCACAAAGUUAACUUCAUUAGAACUUGGGAACAACAACCUUGAAGGUCGAAUUCCAGAUUCAAUCUUUAAUCUCAAGAAUCUUAAAUACCUUGAUCUUGGCAGGAACAGCUUUAGUGGCAGUGUGGAGUUUGGCAAGUUUGUUAAGCUCAAAUAUUUAACUAUUUUGAUUCUAUCGAAUAAUCAAGUAUCCGUACUUAUUGAAGAUGCCAAUGCCAAUGCGAGUCUGCCAAAGUUUCAGUUUUUGGGAUUAUCUUCGUGCAACUUGAACAAGUUUCCAGAUUUCUUAAAAAAUCAAGAUCGAUUAGUGUGUUUGGAUCUGUCCAACAACAACAUCCAUGGCAUGGUACCGGAAUGGAUCUGGGACACGAGCAAAUUGAGUCUUGAGGUUCUUUGCCUCGCGAAAAACUUUAUAACAAGCAUAGGUCAACAUCCAAUGCCUCUUACAGGAACUCGUCUUGUUGGUUUAAACCUCAGGUCUAAUUUGCUUCAAGGGUCGCUUCCCAUUCCACCAGCCACCAUUUCUCAUUAUGAUAUGUCGGAGAACUCACUGACUGGAAAUAUUUCGGAAUUGAUUUGCAGUCUCACUUCCAUUCAAGUCCUUGAUUUGGCAAAUAACAACUUGAGUGGUUCACUUCCUAGAUGUAUGCAGAACUUUGGUGCCUCUCUCUUAGUGAUUGACCUGGAGAGUUACAAAUUUCGAGGAAACAUUCCACAAACAUGGACACAGGGAACCGAGUUAAGGAUAAUCAAUCUCAGACACAACAGAUUCCAAGGACAGUUACCAAGAUCGUUGGCCAAGUGUAUGAUGUUGGAGGUUGCUGACUUCAGUGACAACAAAUUGCAUGAUAUAUUUCCCUCUUGGUUGGAAAAUCUUCCAAACCUGAAGGUUCUCAAUUUGCGCUCAAACAACUUCCAUGGCCAGAUAGGAGCAUCAAAAGCUGGCUAUAAUUUUCCCAACUUGCGAGUCAUUGACCUUUCCCUCAAUGGUUUUACUGGGAAACUGCCAUUUGAAAUUUUUGGAAAUUAUUGGAAGCCUCGUGAAUUUGCUAAUUCACAUAUUUUGUCAUAUAUCCAAGUAAACUCAUCUGUUGUACCACGAAGAUUUUUGUGUAAAGCUUGGCUCUAUGAUUAUAAUUACACCAUGACCCUGACAAAUAAGGGAGUUGCUGUCUUUUACGAGAAGGUCCUAGAAUUAUUCAAAGCCAUUGAUAUCUCGAGCAACAGAUUUGGUGGAGAGAUUCCUGAAUCCAUUGAAAAUUUAAGGGGGUUUCGUUUGGUCAAUCUUUCUAAUAAUGUUCUCACGGGCCACAUCCCACUUUCAUUAGCAAAUCUUACAGAGCUGGAAUCAUUAGACCUUUCUGAAAACAACUUGUCUGGGGAGAUCCCACAGCAACUAACACAACUCACCUUCUUGGGAUUUUUCAAUGUUUCAAACAAUCUUCUCACAGGACCUAUACCACAAGGGAACCAAUUUGGUACAUUUGGAAACAAUUCAUAUGAGGGGAAUUCAGAGCUAUGUGGGAGACCUCUCUCAAAGGACUGUGAGGAUUCUAAUGCUUAUUUGCCAGCACCUCCUUCAAUCUCUGUAGAUCAAAGUCAAGAAUCGGGAUCUGCAUUUGAAUUUGGUUGGGAAAUUCUUGUGGUAGUUGUGGUAGGUUAUGCAUUUGGACAAGUUGUUGGAGUGACAAUUGGGCAUAUUGUGAUUACAAGAAAACAUGAUUGGUUCAUGAACAUUUUUGGAAAAAAUUCCUUACUUAUAACCUCUAUUUUGUUUAGCGGUUGCGUGGUCUUGAGUGUAAUCGUCUUUUGGCUCUAUUUGAAGUAG